GUCAGUCUGUUGCCAAAAGGGAAUCUUGCCAGCUUUCAACUUUCUCGCCCUCUACCCGUCUUGCCCUCGCCUCCUUUUUUUGCAUCCCCUUUGGUCAUUGCACCGAUAUCAACCGACCAUGGGCUACCUCUUUCCCUCUGUGCCCCGCUCUCAAGCUGUAGGAUCGUCGCCGAUGGAGGGGAACAGCUGGAGGCCCGCCCAUGGGGAGCCUUCCGCCACUGACGCCGCCGCCGGCGACUGGCGGAGCCAGCUGCAGCAUGAUGCGCGGCUGAGGAUCAUCAAUAAAAUUUAAAGAGACACUUGCCUAUUUCUGUGCCGGAAGGCUUAAAUGAACUUCAGAAAAUUGCUGUACGAUUUGAAGAGAAGAUAUAUAGCGCAGCUACAAGUCAGCCUGAUUAUCUGAGGAAAAUUUCUCUGAAAAUGCUUUCGAUGGAGACAAAGACUCAGCAUACUGCUCCAAUUAACUCUUCAAUGCCAAACACCACCAUUCCGAACCAAAAUCCUACAGAUCAAGUGUCACUCGGCAAUCAAGGGCAAUCAUUAGCAAUUCCCAUGGUUAAUCCACCUGCAGCAAGGCAACAACUUUUACCCCAAAACCUUCAGAAUAACACGUCAACUGCUGUACAAAGUUCUGCCAACCUGCCUUCUGCACUAUCAUCCAUCACAGGUCUUGGUCAGUCCAACAUAUCCAGUGUUGGUCAGACAUCCAACCUGCAGAACAUGCCUGGAAUAUCACAGAACUCUGUGAGUAAUUCUGUAGGGCAAGGUGCAGCACCAGAUAUUUAUGCCAAUGCACAAAGGCAAAUGCAGGGAAGGCAACACCAUCAACAAAUAAUUUCCCAACAGCAGCAGCAAUCACAGAAUCAGCUUAUUUACCAGCACCAGCUUCAACAACAGUUAAUGAAACAGAAGUUGCAGCAUUCUUCACUCCUGCAACCGCAUAUGCAACAGCAGCAACAGCAACAAUCUCUGUUGCAGCCAACCCAGCUGCAAUCUUCUCAACAGUCUCUGAUGCAAAUGUCAUCAAGUCUACAGUCAGGUCAGUCCACUAUUCAGCAGACACAGCCUACAACAAUGCAGUCAGCUGCACAACCUGGCCUUCAACAGAAUCAACUGAAUUCAAUCCAGCAAUCAGUACCAUCUUUGCUUCAGCAACAUCCACAAUCAGUUGCGAGACAACAACAACAAGCACAGCCUUCUAUGCAUCAACAAACACCUUCACUUCAGCAACAGCCAACUCCAGCACCUCAGCAAUCAAAUUUACCAUUGCAGCAACAGCAGCAGCAGAUAAUGGGGCAGCAAGCAAAUAUUUCAAAUAUGCAACAAGCUCAGCUGCUUGGACAACAAAAUAGUGUUCAAGACAUGCAACAGGCGCAGCAGCAGAGACUGCCAGUUCAGCAGAACAGUCUUUUGGGCAUCCAACAGCCUCAGCAGAUGUUAAAUCAGCAAAGUAUUUCUUUACAUCAGCAGCAGCAGUUAGGCCCCCAAAGCAGCAUAUCAGGGUUGCAGCACCAGCAGCAGCAGCAGCAGCAGCAGCAGCAGCAACUACUUGGAUCCCUUCCUAAUGUUUCAAACAUGCAGCCACAUCAGCGCUCCAUCCAUAUGUUGCAACAACCCAAGAUGGUUACACAACAACAGCAGCAAACCCAGCAGGCGCCGUUGGCAUUGUUGCAGUCACAAGGUCAACAAUCCCAACAUCAAUCAUCACAACAGCAACUCAUUUCUCAAAUUCAAUCUCAGCCUGCACAGUUGCAACAACAAUUGGCAAUGCAACAACCACCAAAUUCGUUGCAGCAAAGGCUUCAAGCUCCAAGUGCCUUGCUUCAGUCUCAGAAUGCAAUUGAGCAGCAGAAGCAAUUUAUUCAGGCACCAAGAGUGCUUCCAGAUGUCUCCUCCAGUACAUCAGUGGAUUCAACAGCUCAAACAGGACAUGCAGGUGUUGCUGAUUGGCAGGAGGAGAUCUAUCAAAAGAUAAAAUCCUGGAAGGAGAUGUACUAUACAGACCUCAGUGAGUUCUACCAAAAGCUCUCUUUGAAGUUGCAGCAGCAUGAUGCUCUCAUACCACCUGCAAAGCCGUCAGAACAGUAUGAAAAAAUGAAAACCUUUAAGACAAUGUUAGAGCGUACUUUAGUGAUUCUACAGAUUUCAAAGAAUAAUAUUCAACCUGGUUUGAAGGAAAAACUUCCUCUGUAUGAGAGACAAAUUCAUAAUGUUCUAGCUUCAACUAAAAAGAAAGGUAUACCAUCGCAAUCUCAGGGACAACAGCAAUUCCAGCAUCCUGGUGGGCUUGCUCACUCCAUGCCACAGCAACAGCCAUCCCAAGUUUCUCAGCUGCAGCAGCAUGACAAUCACCCAAACCAGGUGCAACAAAUGAAUUUACAGGUUUCAGCAACUUCAAUGCAGCCAUCUGCUGUGACCGGCAUGCAACAUGUAUCCAUGCCUUUACCAACAAACUUUGGUGUUCCAACAACGCAGCAGAAUAUCACAAAUGCAUUACAGCCUGCUGCUAAUCUGGAUUCAGUCCAAGGCAGUUCUUUUAAUUCAUUGCAGCAGGGUGCUAUGGGCUCUAUGCAACAAGUUGGUGUGGGAUCUGUGCCAAGUACCGUCAAUGCACCUCAACAGACCAAUGCCAAUACUCUAUCAAACAGCUCCAUGAAUACAUUACAAUCUAAUGCCAGUCUUGUGCAACCAAGUUCUAACACAAUACAGCAGCAGUAUUUGAAGCAACAACAGCAGGAUCAACAACAGCAACUGAUGCAAAGUCAGCAAAUGAAGCAGCAAUUACAACAGCGACAUCAAAUGCUUCAGCAACAGCAAAAGCAGCAAUUAAUGCAGUCGCAGCCAUCAGUGCAGCAACAGCUGCACCAACAACAGAAGCAACAACCGGCACAGAUGCCGGCACACCAAAUGCCACAGCUUCACCAAACAAAUGAGGUCAAUGAGUCAAAGGUGAGACCAGGGUUAGGCAUCAAAGCUGGUCUUUAUCAACAACAUUACCCUGCCGGACAACGCCCUGGGUAUUAUCAUCAACUGAAGCCAGGUGCUUCUUUUCCAAUUUCUUCGCCUCAAAACCUUCAAUCUUCAUCUCCUCAAAUUUCACACCAUUCUUCUCCUCAAGUCGAUCAGCACAAUUUGUUACCAUCUCAGGUAAAAGCUGGAACACCUCUGCAAUCAGCUAACUCACCCUUUGUUCCAUCUCCUUCCACUCCCUUGGCCCCGUCUCCCAUACCAGCGGAUUCUGAGAAGCAGCUUUCUGGUCUUUCAUCACUAACUAAUGCUGGACAUGUUGGACAUCAGCAAUCCGCUCUUGCACCACCUCAAACACAAUCACUGGCUGUUGGCACACCUGGAAUAUCGGCCUCGCCUUUCCUAGCAGAAUAUACCAGUCCAGAUGGAAAUCAGGCUAAUGUACCAAGUGUAGUUCCUGGCAAAACUAAUGCAUCAGAACGGCCUCUGGAGCGUUUAAUUAAAGUGGUAAAGUCAUCAACUCCAAAGGCUCUGAGCUCUGCCGUUAGUGAUAUUGGAUCUGUUGUCAGCAUGAUCGACAGGAUAGCAGGUUCAGCACCUGGCAAUGGUUCUAGGGCUGCUGUUGGUGAAGAUUUAGUUGCCAUGACAAAGUGCCGUCUGCAAGCCAGAAACUUCAUGUCACAAGAUGGAAGUGCCACAACAAAGAAAAUUAAGCGCAACACAAGUGCCAUGCCCUUGAAUAAUGUGUCAUCAGCUGGCAGUGUAAAUGAAAGCUUCAAGCAAUCUUAUGGUCUUGAUACAUCUGAGUUAGAGUCAACUGCAACAUCUCAUGUCAAGAGGCAGAAAAUUGAGGUGAACCAUGCUCUACUGGAAGAGAUUAGUGAGAUAAAUCAGCAGCUAAUCGAUACAGUAGUCAACAUUAGUGAAGAGGAUGCUGAUUCAAUUGCUGCAGCAUCCGAUGGUGAAGGAACGGUCAUCAAAUGUUCUUUCACUGCAGUGGCUCUCAGUCCAAGUUUGAAGUCACAAUUUGCUUCAUCACAGAUAAGCCCAAUUUUGCCUUUGAGGUUGCUUGUUCCUGCAAACUAUCCAAAAUGUUCCCCUGUUCUCUUGGACAAACUUCCGGAUGAAUCAAGUGGAGAGACUGAUGAUCUAUCUGUCAAGGCAAAGUCAAGAUUCAGCAUAUCCCUCCGUGGCUUAUCACAGCCCAUGUCUCUAGGAGAAAUGGCAAAGACUUGGGAUGCUUGUGCACGUAAAGUCAUCGCAGAAUAUGCCCAACAGACUGGAGGAGGGAGCUUCAGCUCGAGAUAUGGCGCUUGGGAAAAUUGUGUGGGUGCUUGAUCAUGCCUCAACUUGGGUUCUAUUUGUAGCUGCUAUACUAUCAUUUAGGUGUCUGCUUAUUCCCCAUUGCCCCAAAUAUGCUGUUCUGGAGUUGAAGACAGCUUGAGAUCCUUGGACUCUAAUUUAGGGUUCAAACUGAAAGAACGGUUGCUAUCUACAUUGUUACUAUGUAUGCUGUGCCAACUGUAUGUAGCCUCAGAUAUCUAUGUGAUGUCUUGUAGUUAAGUUUCUCCAUCUCUGGAAGGCUCUUUGUAUGCAACUGCAACAGUUGCAUAGAAUAUGGAAGGUAUGACCCUGUUGUAUAUUGUGUGUAUGGUGGGAUGAUUGUCGUUUCAAUUUUUUGUCUAUGCAAGAUGUGCUUGUUAAUGUCUGA